GCUUGAUGAGAAAAUCAAGUUGCUCACGGCGCCGAAACUAUAGCUAGUUAAGGCUAAAGCAACCCUCCCAUUCGCCGCUUAUAUAAACCUCCUAACUCCUGGCGUUGUAGAUAUAUCUACUUCCGAAGCUCACACUCCACUACUCAUCUCUCUCUCUCUCUCUUUCUCUCUCUACUUUUCAUUUGAAAGAUGAUGAAGUGUUUGCAGAGCUGGCCUGAGCCGAUUGUUAGGGUCCAGUCCCUCGCCGAAAGUGGGAUAACAACAAUCCCCGAGCACUACAUCAAGCCCCUUUCCAAACGACCCUCGACUGGUCUCGUCCACGACGAUGCCACCGUCAACAUCCCAGUCAUCGACCUUCAGGCCCUGGCCGGAGACGAUCAGGAUCUGCGGGAGACCACGCUGCAGCUGGUCUUGAGCGCUUGUAAGGAAUGGGGGUUCUUCCAGGUGGUGAACCAUGGUAUGAGCCACGAGCUGAUGAAGCGGGCUAGGGAGACGUGGCGGGAAUUCUUCGAGCAGCCAUUGGAGGUGAAGCAGGAGUACUCGAAUGACCCGAUCACUUAUGAAGGGUACGGAAGUCGGCUCGGAGUGGAGAAGGGGGCGAUUCUGGAUUGGAGUGACUAUUACUUUCUUCAUUACCUGCCUCCGACGUUGAGGAAGCCUGAAAAGUGGCCUGCUCUCCCAUCCUCAUGCAGGGAUAUGAUUGAAGAGUACGGUGAGGAAGCUACUAGAGUAUGCGGAAUGCUGUUGAGGAUGUUGUCACUAAACCUUGGACUAGGGGAAGACUACCUCCCCAUUGCUUUUGGGGGAGAAGAGAACGUUGGGGCAUGCUUAAGGGUCAAUUUCUACCCGAAAUGUCCCCAGCCAGACCUAACCCUUGGAAUCUCACCGCACUCGGACCCCGGUGGGAUGACCCUCCUUCUGCCUGAUGAGGACGUUGCCGGACUUCAAGUUCGUAAAGGUGAAAAUUGGGUGACUGUAAAGCCCGUUCCGAACGCCUUCGUUGUGAACAUGGGAGACCAAAUGCAAGUUCUGAGCAACGCCAUAUACAAAAGCGUAGAGCACAGAGUGAUUGUGAAUUCAGUCAAAGACAGAGUUUCCCUGGCCAUGUUUUAUAACCCUAAGAGCGAUUUGCUGAUUGAACCGGCCAAGGCUCUCGUCACAAAGGACCGGCCGGCUCUCUACCCGCCCAUGACGUUCGAUGAGUACCGCCUUUAUAUUAGGACCAAGGGGCUUUGUGGCAAGGCACAAGUUGAAUCGUUGAAAAGCCAUGAAUAACAUAUGUAUCGUUCUAUGUGUUUGCUUAAUUAAGAUCGAUCGACAUGAAAAUAUGACGUUUAAUGUACCUACAGACGCGUCGAAUAAUACAUAGCUAGCUUGAUGCCCAAUGUAUGUUUCACAGAGUUGAACUGCUUAAUUGAAUUAUUGUACGUGAUGGGUCAAUGAACAAAUUG